UUUGAUGCGAAUGGCAGGCGGUUGAUAGUGUCGCGCGAUUAAGCGACUUUUUUCUAGUAUACAGUGCUAUAAAAUUUUUCAAUAACAAGUGGUGUGAAGAGAUAUACAGAUUAAAAAGCAACACUUGAAUAUGUUAUUUUACUUAUUUUUCGGCGUGAAAAGUGUUUUAUUUAAGAUUGAAAAAAGCAAACGAGCGGUGUAUUUUGGUGUGAAAGUUACGAACUCAUUGUAAAUAUUAAGCCGAUUAUAAUAAAAAACUUUAAGCAAAUAUAAAGAAUAACAUCGUUGAAUAAUUAGAUAUGUGGAGUAAUAAAAUUGAUACAUAAAAGUUGAUUGAAAAGAGCAAAAAAUUAAAUUGCAAAGUGAAAUUCAAGUGUCUGGAAGUAAUCGGUUUCAUACCUAAAUAUGUAUAAGAGGUUAUGAACGAACCUAAAAGUUUGCUAAAUGAAGUUGUGCGAAUAUUUUGAAAGCAAAGCUAAAAUUAAUAUAUGUACCUAAAUAUAAGACGAAAAGCAAAUGUCUAGUGAAUGUGCAUAAUCAAUUAAUAAUUUUUAAUGAAUUUUCCCGGAAAAAAUUCGAUUUAAAACAUAGUAGAUAAGUGGAAAUCGUAUAGUGAGCCAGUACCUAACUAAGAUGAAUUUCUGAAGCAUAAAAAAAUCGAUCUAUCGAAAAUAAAACAAAACUGCUUCAACUGACAUUUUUUCGUGCAAGAAUUGUAUCAGUUCAGAUCAUUAAAUUUUAGUUUUGAUAAAGUCGUAAGCAAAACGAUUUUAAAAACACGUCGUGCACAAUCCCUUGUGGAUACGCUCCAGGGGGACAUCUAAGUUGCAGCUAACAGAUGAACCCCAUAUGUCAAUUGCUGCAGCCGAAAAUGCAGGGCUUGGCCCGUGUGACCUACCAGAUCCUUGGGCAUCAAACACCUCCAACAACAACAAUAAUAACAGUAUCAGCGUUAUUACCAACAACACAGGAACCUUAUCCUUGUUAUCAACAUUGUCAACAAGUACAACAACUUCCUCAAAUACGGCUGCCCCUGUCAAUAUCGACAGCAACAUUAACAAAACUUGUGUAUUUUUCAAGAACAAGAAUAAUAGUACUGCAACCACUGCCAACAAAUCGGCGAUCGCUGACGGCAAGUCAACAACAACCUCUAGUAGCCUCAUCUACAAGCUGCCUUCAUUAUCGCCAGCCGCUGCAACAGCUGCAGUUUCUGUUUCGAAAGCGGACAGCGGCAGCGUGGUAACGGCAUCAUUGGAGGGCCUAGCACCCUCGAUACCGAGUGGUGCUAUCCUCAGUGCUACCGGUACUGGUAGAGUAGAGGGCAUUCCUGCUUUACUGUCAGCGGUGACAUCCUCGUCUGUUUCCGGUAGCAUCGGUGUUGUACAAACUACAGCUGCACCACUUCAGGCCAACAACAACACCCCUGACAGUAGAAACCAACUGUUAUCGUUGCAGCAACAACUACAAUUACGGGCGCAGAACCAAUUACUACAGCAAAGCGAAAACAAGCUCAAUAUUAACCCAAACAACAACAAUACGUUAUUGACUCACCACAGAAAUAGCAGUAAUUAUAAUACAAAUUUGCGACAAAAAACUGCCCCAACUGCAAGUUUAGCCACCGUGUUGCAAAACUCCAUCAAUAUGAAUGCUGUAGCAUCGCCGAUCUCAAAUAAUUCAACUACGCCGACUCGAAAAGUUAGACGGAAAACUGAUCCGAAAGCCAAUUUGCCACAAUCGCAGAUUAAUAAAUGCAACAAUGAGAAGCGGCGCCGUGAACUGGAAAAUAAUUAUAUUGAGCAAUUGUCCGAGUUUCUGCAACUCAAUAAACGUGGUGACAUGGCCUCAACGAAACCGGACAAAGCAGCUAUAUUGAAUCAAGUGGUCAAAACGUAUCGUGAAUUUUGUGACAAAGGCCAAAGUCGUGAUAUUUCCUCUUCUACAUCAACAACCCCUUCUUCAGUGACCAACGCAACGCUACCGAAUAACAAUAACAACAACACGAACUCCACUUCAUCCAUUAAGAACAAUAACAACAAAAAUAAUGCAACCUCAACACAUUGUCCACGUUGUGCGACCGACAAUUGUUCCAUACAUCCCGUUCAACAGGGUGACGUCUCAUCGACGGAACCUCCACUGCCGGAGCCGUCACUAUUAAAUGGGCAGGUGCCAGAAAUAUCUGCCUACUUUGAGGCUCUAGAACAUUAUCUUUCUUCGGUUGAUUGGGUGCUCUUGCAAGUCACAGCGGACGGCAUUAUCGAAUCGUGCACGCAGAAUAUACGCGAACUUAUUGGAUAUGACAAGCAAGACUUAUAUCGUAAACCACUUUACCAUUUUUUAAAUCCUGGUGACCAUGCGAAGCUCGAUCCAAUAAUAAAUAAUAUGCCGUAUGGUGGUGGCGGUGACGGCAACACAAGCGGUGGCGUUGGUGGCAUUGAUUGUGGAAGCGUCUGGACGGAUCAGGAUGAUGGAAACAGCGGUACCAGUUCCCAACAUUCGACUGCAACGUUCGGACCAGGGGGUCCUAAGGCAAAACGUAAUGUAGCUGCGAAAGUACGAAUGCUAGUCAAAGAUAUGCGUUCGGCUACGCAAACAACAGCUAGUGCUUCGAUGACCCACCAGAACGAUGCAAUGGACCAAAAAACUAUCCGGCAGCACAUACAAUUUGAGAAGUACGAGGAAGUUAUGCUGCUGGCAACACCGAUGAAGGAUGAUGGUGAUUCAACCUCGUCUAUCUUGUGCUUAAUCACAAGGCCCGAAGACGAGCCAGCUAUACAACAAAUUCAACCGCAGCCUAUCGAGCAUUUGACAUUUAAACUCGACGUUCAUGGCAAGAUUCUCAAUUUAGAUGCUACCGCCCUUCGCGAACCAUAUCGCCAGCAUCUCAGCAGUUGGUUGGGACGUCUUUUGCAGGAUAUUUGUCAUCCACAAGAUCUAAUAGCGCUCAAGACGCACUUGCGAGAGGUACAGGAGUCUGCUACAUCGGUGCAUCUGAUGAAUACGCCAGCUGCGCAGUCACCCGGUGGUACUCCUGCAACGCUCAUUAAUCCUCCCAUCGCGAAUGUUAUGUCACGUCCGUUCCGAUUGCGACUCGGUGCACCAGAUGUUUAUGUACAUGUAAAGGCCAAUUCACGACUUUUUCUGAAUCAAUCGCAAACUGAGGGUGAUUAUAUCAUGUCCUUACAAACAAUCCUUAAUUCGGAUAACGAUGUUGUUGGUGGAACUGUAAACAGUAGUUUAAACAUUAGCAGUAUCGGUGGCGUUGGCGUUAUGGCGCCUAGCGGCUUGUCUGCAAUGGCAUCCAGUCCUUCGCUUGUCUCACCACUUUCACUGCCGUUAGACUCUCUUGUGAACAGCAAUUCGUCCUGUUCUUCGACUUCGGCUUCGGCUUUGAUGGGAGUAGCCACCAGUACCCACUUGCUUGGAGGAUUAGUUGGUGGCGGCGGAAUGCCACCACAUACCACGCAAACCACCAACGUAGGCGGGCCCCUAAUGACAUCGGCGGUUAUAAAUGGGACUGGUAAUGGGCCACAGCGAAGUAAUACAGUUGCAGCAACAUCGGCAUCCACUUCGAAUAAUUCCACACUCGUCAACUCGUUUACAGCAUCACCUGCUGGCCCCGAAGCAACUAUCUUCUAUAGCGCCGAUCCUUUCGAUUUUGACUUGGCACAUUCCAGUUUUGAAAUGGACGCAACUGGCUGGACCGACUCGCGUCCAAAUUCUCGCGCCUCUGUCAGUACGCCAGUGAGUACUCCCCGACCGCCCUCGGCCGGACAUGGCUUUAGUCCAGCGGUCUGUCCUUCACCGUCGACACCAUAUCAACUAUCGUCGCAUUCAGCCGCAAGUCUGCCUUCACCGCAGUCAAAUACAAGCCAACCAUCAUCCGCUGGUCCCGGUGGUGCAGGUGGCCCUUUUGGCUUUGGUUUUCCGGCUUUCGACACAAGUGAUAAAAAUAGCGAAAAGGAGCAUAUUAAUACCAGCGGCAACAGCAACACUAGCAUAGGUAGCAGCAAUCCCGGGCAACAGGGGGGUCAAAUUGUUGGUAGCGGUGGUGGAAAUUUACCAAAUGGUGGCCCCACAUUACUGACCACGGUUAGCAAUAUAGGACAGUCACUUGGACAGCCUACACCUCCACAGCCUGAGUCGGAGCGUUUGAGACAUUUGUUAACAAAUAAAUCACAUUCGAUGUCCUCAUCGAUACACCCAGCCGACAGUGAUAAAGACCACAUAAAUAUGCGGCAUAAGUUUUACAAUCAGGGUCUACUGAAUUCCGAUGAUGAUAAGGAUGGUGGCGGCGCCGGCGGUAGCAACAGGGGUUCCUCCGGCAUGUUUAAAAUGGGCGCUGCGGGUAUAACGAGCGGCCGCCUUUUUGGUGGUGUCGCUAUGCCAAAAUCUACAAACUCCAGCAAUCCCAUGUUACUGUCGCUGCUUAAUGAGAAAUCAGAAGAUGACGAUGGAAAAAGUCGUCAAAGUGAAUUGAUGCGUCAGUUACAAAAAGACGAUUGCCAUUAUGGCCAAUCGCACAGUCAUGGUCAUGGACCGCAUCAUUCCAAAGACAUGUCGCAGGAAGAUUUGCUGAAAAGUUUGAAAUAUCAGGGCGAUCCUACAACACGCAAACGUUCGCUAAAUGAAUCGGACGACGGCAUAUCAGCAAAGCGAGAGAAUGAUCGGCCGUCCAAACUACGUGAAAACAAUAAAAUGCUCGCCUCACUGCUGGAGAAUCCACCAAAGAAUCCUAUAGUGACUGUGCCCCCUCAGGUAAAGACUAUUCCAGACAUUGCUCCCACAGCAAGUCGCGUUAGCUCAUCUCUCGGUGGUAUUGGCGUCUCGGCGCCGAGUAACUUAGGCGGCAUGCCAUCAAAAAGCGCCUCAAUGACAACGACCUCAGCACCUAGUGCCAGCAGUACCACCAUUGGCGGUGGAAGGGGAACUGGUUUACGUAAACAAUUUCCCGAAGCCUACCUCACGCUGCAUCAACAGCAACAACAAUGUUUAAGCGGAAUUCAACGCACUCCGCAACAACCGCUAUCACAACAAUCUCAGGCGCAGAUGAACUUUUCAUCAACGGAAGCGUUCGGAACACCUCCACACCACACCACAGCUACCUCAGGCACGGCCAUUGUCACAGCGUCUGCAGCGUUAUCCCAACCGAACUCGCAAUCGGCGGCGUUGAGUGGCGCCGAUGGCGAUUCAGAACUGUCUAAAAUUUUAGACAGUGUUAUGGAUUACGUUUCAGACGAUGGCCCCUUUGUGUCGACACCAACUCCCACUGCCAUGGCCGGACUGACGCAACAGGAGAUUAACGAACGUAUGGCAAUCAAUGCAAUACAGAACUCAUUGAUGGUGGAAACAUCUCAACUGCAGCAGCAGCAUCAUCAACAGCAAUCGCAACCACCAGCCUAUCCUGGCAGUAUGAUGGGUAGCGGAGCUAGUGCUGGUUUGACCCAACAACAACAACAUCAACUACAGCUACAGCAACUGCAAUUAUUACACAGGCAGCAAGGAGCUUUUGGUGGGAGUCAACAGCCAUCGCAGGUUCAACAAAUGCUUGAGAUGUUACGAGCCAAUCCCAAUCAAGGCUUUCAACGACCACCACCAAUGUAUCCGACGGCGCGCAACCGAGGUCCUAUGAACGCAGUUACGACGCCUGGAGGCACUGUUCUGCCAGCGCAUCAACAAUACCGCAUCCGUCAACAACAGCAACAGCAAAAGGAAAGACUUCUCCAGCAACAACAGAAACAACAGCUUUUGGUGCCAGAAAGUGCGACCGCGCGAACAGACCAGUUAUGUCUAAAUCCAAGCAUUAACAAUAUUGGAUCGCUGUUAAACAAUACUGUGGCACCAAAUGUCGCUUUGUCUCGCACCAACUUGCCACCUGAUUCGCAGCUGAGUCCUAGUUUCGCGCAGAGUUUACUUCAGCAACAACAGCAACUCAGCCCAGGACAGCGUACUGCCUCAUUCAGCCCCCAAGCAAAUGCUGGCUACGCGCAACAAUUUUCGCAGAGUGGGCCACGACUAUCGCCUCAUCAGCAACAACAGGUGAAUGUGCAACAACAUCAGCAGAUGGCUUUUCAGGUUGCCCAAGCGGCAAGUUCCAAUUUAACAAACCAGCUUUCGCCACGCCAAUCACCCUUCGGCGUUGGUCCAGGUGGAGGUACCGUACAAUCACCCAGUGGAAUGCCGAAUACGUCUUCACAACAGUGGACCCCUGGUGCAAAUGGUGUGGGUGCUCAAGGUCCGCAAAUAAGUGGGAAUGCGACAACACAACGUGGCCACACGCUUCAACAGCAUAAUCCAAUGCUGAGCGCUCAGCUCCAACAGGGUGUUAGCCCCUAUACGGCGCGCCCAUACCAAAGUCAACGGCGUGGCCUCCAUUCUCCCAGUGGCGGAGGGGUUCCUGGGAACACAGUAGGAAGCAGUGGGGUCAAUAUCGGUCUUCAGCGACAAAAUUCGUUUCAGAGUGGUGAAGCUGGCUCCCCAUCUCCACAAUCGCCUUAUGGUGGGCCCAGUGGCGGAGCUUUCCAACGCAUGCAACGGCAAAGCAGCGUACCACAAACUACCCAGCAUUUACCUGCUGGUAACGCCUCCAAUUCUUCUGAGUUCGUUAAGCAAGAAUUACGCGCUGUGGUGAGUGUUCGCGCUCAACAACAGGCUGCUGCAGCGGGAGGCACCGGGGCGUCUGCCGGCGGGAAUGGAGUGCCAGGUGGUGGCGGCGGCGGCGGUAAUUCUGUUGGUCCCAGCGGAUUGCGUAUUAGUACCACGCCUCAAAGCCCGAUAGGCAAUGCACAACAGGGACCAAUUAGCAGCGGUGGUGCUAAUGGCAUAAAUAUUACCAAUUCCAUUAAUUUGCAACAACAGCAGCAACAACCACAACAGCAACCUGUUUCACUUGGAGCAGGAAGUGGCGGUGGCACUAGCCAGAAUUCAUUGCUCAAUACGCCACCAGACCCAACAAUGAAUUUCAGCUUCGAUACACAAGAUUUCUUCAGCAGCAGCGUUGCGAGGUGACCAUAAAAAGUGUGGAAUUCUACACAGUUAAAUAGCGACCGCAAAUAUCAAAACAACAGCAAAAAAUUAAAAAUAAACUGCAAAAUGGGCAGAAAUUAAACUGGUAACGUAAUAUUAAACGAAAAAAUAGCCCGGUCAAUCUGGCACAAUGUUUAGGUCUGCGCUGAAAUAAUUCCCUGACGGAUGAAUGAUAUGCCGUUUUGAUCAGAAAGUUAUGCUGAAUAAUAUAACGAAAUGUCCUUAUCUCAAGUUGAUAUGAAAUAUUUUUAAUUAAUUAAUACCUAUGGUGAUUAUAUACAUAUUUAUGGGCAUGUGCAUGUGUGUAUGUAUGUACUCAUUUUUCGCUUCUGCUCUGUGUUAUUCUUGAUUCUCUUUGAUUUUUAUCUAAUUCUUUUGGAAUAUUUUAUCUCUUUCUUGACACAAAAGUGAUGUGCCGGGACCUUGAAAAAUUACUUUCAUGCAGCGAAAGCAGUUUUACUUCAAAAAUUAAUUAUUUAAUACAACAAGAAUUACGGGAAACUGAUUAGUCGCAGCGUAAUACUUCCUACAGCAAUAGAUAAUUUCUUUCUCUUACAUCUUGAUAUGAUGAACAAUAUGAUAAUAUGAGAAACAACCCGUCAGUUAAGGUGCCCAUACUCACCGACGUGUACGUAUGCCGUGUCUGUUUGACGUAGCAUCAUAUAAAAUUUACUGUUGAUAGAGAGAGAGAAGCAAGCGUUAACGUCGCACGUACAGGGUGGUGAGUUUUCAUUUACAUGGCGCUCUCAUAAGUUUGAUCGUGUCACUAUUAUAUGUUGCUACGUCGAACAGCCACAGCAUACGUACACGUCGGUGAGUGUGGGCACCUUUAUAUAAACGGCAUUUCGACCCCAAGUACCAGAUUGACUGUCUAGAAAGUUUAUUACGUUAAAAGCCUCAAAAUUAUAUUUUGGUAUAACUUCUUUUUAUUUAUGAUCGAAGCAAAUUAGAAACAUACAAAAAAAUAAACAAGGAAUAACAAACGUACGGAGGUGCAAUACAACCUUAGCAUUUAUUUACGUAGACAUAUUAUUAUAAAUUAAAAUCAUAACUGACAUCUAUAAAAUAAUUCAUGCAAAAUUAGUUUUCGACAACAACAAUAAGCGAUCUAAACGUUAAACAAAAACAGAGAUACAACUCUUUUAGAUAUACAUAAGAUACAUGAUGUUUAAAGCAUUUCUGUAAAGAAAUUAAAAAAUAAUGGUAAAAAUAUUACUAAGAACAAUUACAAUUAAACUUAUUAAAAAGCUGAAGAAUUCGUUACAUGCAAACAUAAAUAUAAAUAAAUAUAAUUACAGGCAAGUGAAAAUAAGUUAAUAUCGGUUGGAUUGUAACGGAAC